AUGAAAAGGGACAGUAAGUUUCAUUUUCUUCUGUGCGCUUCUCGAAGGACAGUAUCAUCAGUGGCGACUGUGGUGCUGUACCAAGAUGUCAACAAUGUUGCACAUUAUGACGGUGCAUUCGAUUCUACUUCAACGUUGUCCACGAAGUCGGAUAUAUUGUGGCUGAAUGCGAUGCGAACGAGUGCACUGAUAUGGCCAACCGCGAUUUGGUUUCAGAUAUUGUUAUUAAUCGCUGCGACUACCACUGAUGCUCGCUGUUGCAUCUGCUGUUGUGGUGGAUGUGGUCGUGGUAUGGGUGGCGGCUUCGGUGGAGGUAUGCCAAUGCCUAUCGUCGCCUAUUUAAUACCAGCAGGUGGUGGGGGCUACGGUGGCGGAGGCUACGGUGGCGGAGGCUACGGUGGCGGAGGCGGAGGCUACGGUGGCGGUGGCGGAGGCUACGGUGGUGGGGGCUACGGUGGCGGAGGCUACAGUGGAGGGGGUUACCGUGGAGGAGUGGCGGUGGCUUCGGUGGUNGGUGGUGGAGCUCGCAUGGGGGGUGGCGGUGGCUUCGGUGGUGGAGGUCGCAUGGGGGGUGGCUAUCCUAUUGGUGGCGGCGGUGGUGGUGGAUAUCCAAUGGGAUAA